AUGGCUUCUGGGACUGGAUCGGGAAGUGAGGAGCUGACCGAGUCGGAUUCUAGCUCGGAUAAUUUGACUCGUGCUGCAUUAUCCCAAUCUAGAUCGGCCGCUCGUCGUCAACCUAGAUCGGAUGUCCGAUCUUCGACUUCGAACCCCUCUCCGGCCGCUCGGGUUGUUCCCGCUUCUCCCGCAGCUACUGCGUUGGCUCAAGCACUGUUGCGUUCGCCUUCUCCAGACGUUCCGAAGCCUCGUUAUUUUUCGUACCCAUCCACUUCGGUCGCGACUGUCCCCGUAGUCGAAAUUCAAGAUAAUGGCGGCGUAGAAGACGUGGAGGUAUCGCCGACAGGGGAGACACACAGCGAGACUGGCUCUGUUAGUCCGCCUCCGGAGUCCACUGCGCUUUCGGAUCGCCAUUCGUCCGAUAGCGAAAACAGCAUCACCCUUCCGGCGCGCCAAGUGGCUAACAGAGUUUUCUCUUCCGUUGACUUCGACAAUCUUCCGCCACUCCAGCAACCACGGGAUCGGUAG